AUGGUCUCCGCUAACAUUGACCCCGACGGAGCUGCCGCCCAUAGGCCGCCCUCCGGAGCACCGAGCGGUGCGACAUCGCCCGCUCCUGCCUCGCUUUCUGGAUCUUCAUUGUCGGAGAUGAAGACUCGUCCGCCUGGCCCAACCCCCCCGCCCGUGCCUGGUGCUCGCUGUUUGCCCUUGCGCCCUCCACCGGCCCCUCCGUUUGACGACAAGUGCGAGUAUGCUUCGAACGACGUUCUCCUUUUCUGGAAACCUCCAUCCGUUUUCUCGCAAUGGACUCCCUCGGCUAUUGACGUACUGGGGAUACGCUGUUCAUGUGGUGAGCAAUUUAUGAUGUCUGAAAAAGCGAAGCUGCUUGGAGAUAUGGCAUCGUAUGACAAAAUUAUGACGGCAACUGAUCCUAAGACAUACAAGUACUUGGGUCGUAAAGUGCGUCCUUUCGACUAUGCUGAAUGGGAGCGUCGUCGUGAAGAGAUCGUGCUUACAGGGUCAUAUGCUAAAUUUGCUCAAAACCCAGCCAUGAAACAACAUUU